CUUUGUUCGGGAGACGAUUUCAGAGGGAGAGCCGACUUCGCGAGGUCGAGGAGUGAAGAGAGAUUUUAGGCGCGUUCCAAGAAAACCUAAGGUAUUGUUUGGAUUGGAGGUGUCGGACGGAGAGGGAGGGGAAGGGAUGGGGACGGAUGGCAAGGGAGGAGGAGUGAGGGAGGCUGCCUCCUUCCUCCUUUGGGUUUCCAAACAGAUAGGGGGAGGGAGAUGGACUGAUUGUAACUCCCUUCAACCCCCCUCAACCCUCCUCAAAUUUUGUAGAUUUGCAAUUUGUAUAAUUUGGGGAGUUUAGAAGGAAUUUGACCUCGCUUCUCUCUAUUCUGAAAAGAUUUGUGGGUGCGGAAACCGGCAUUAACAUGGGGUCGAUGCUUGGUAACUGGCCCUCAUUCGAUCCUCACAACUUCAGCCAGCUUCGACCCUCUAAUCCGUCCAAUCCUUCCGUGAGUAUUUCAACUUCUUAAACCCAAAUCCAUACAUAUCCAGACAUUAAUCUUUCUUGUAAUGAUUAAUGAAAAUAGAGAAAAGCUAUCAUCUUUUUGGCUUUUAGGUGUGAUCUGUUGCAUGUUUGUCCAAUUUCCAAUCCAUCAAGGAAUGCCCACAUGCAGUUGGAUUAUCUUUAUAUAUAGAGUAUAGUGGACUAGCGGUGAAAAAGGUUACAUCUUUUAGAUCCUUUCAGUUAUCGUUUCUGGGUGCACCCAGUUAGGAUGUUGUUCUGUUCAGGAAUUUUUGAGGCUCUUGGAGAAGCAAUUGAAUUAGAAUUUGUUGAAUUUCUAUAUGAAGUUUCUGAAUUGGACAUUAGUAACAUGAUUAGUUUUUUUUGGCAGAUUUUGAAUUCAUCCAGACCUUGGAUUAUUGUGUGGAAUUAAAAUUAGAGCAAUACUGUAAUUGUGGUUACAUUGCUAUAUUCAGCGUUAAAGUAAAAUUUUCAGUUACUCAAUGCAAUUGCUUAUCAUUAUCUAUGUGCUAAAUGUCAAAUAUCUCUGAUUCUAUUUGCAGCAUGAACGUUAGUAUUGAAUGUUUUUUUGCACAAGAUAAUUUGCUUAGUUUCCUAAAACUGAGUGGUAGCUUGAAUCUUCUACAUCGAAUUCAUGACCUGUAGACAUGCAUAAAAACCAGGUUUCCUUUCAGACUAGACAUGCAUAUUUGUGUAAAUGUACAGAUUUUCUUUUCAAUACAGCUUACCAUAAUCACUCAAACUAGGUUUCCUGAUUCUUUUAGCUUUGAGGUAUUGAUCUGGUGAUGGAGCUGCCAUUUUUCUGAUUUUUUUCAUUUUUGAGCUUUAAUUGCUAAAAUUUACAUAAAGCACUCCAGCAGCCCUGAGCAUUCUAAUUGAACCCUUUGAGUUUGAGCUCAUGCUGCCAUGGCAUUGGAUGGAGUUUGUGCUGCAAUCCUCCCAAUUUGACUGGAACAAUGUAGUUUGAGACAAACUAGCUUCUUACUUUGCUUUUGUUUGCUGAGAAUAUGAUCUCUCACCUUAUAAUCUCAGUCUUAUCAAGCAAUGGGUGCUUCAGUUUCAUAUUCAUAACUGUAUUUUUACUUCUGGCCUUUUGGGUAGAAAUUGGCGCCUGCCACCUAUCGGCCUACUCACAGCCGGACUAUUCCACCACCUGAUCAAGUAAUAACUACUGAAACCAAAAAUAUUCUGAUAAGAAAUUUUUACCACCACACAGAGGAGAAGAUGAGACCAAAGAGAGCUGCCUCUGAAAAUUUAAUACCGGAGCAUGGAAGUAAACAACCUAGACCUUCACCCUCACAUUAGAUUCAUUUUAGUUCUUUUAUAUGUAUGUAAAUAUUUCUUGCCAUGGCAAAUGUGUUUUAGAAAUUGAGAAGCAACUAGCUUGCUCAUUGUUGUAAACUGUUUAGCCACACAGGUACUCACGUCUGGGUAAUCCCAUUGAAAACGGAUUCUAUGUAUUUCUCCACAUUCAUGUGUUGGUUUCUGUUGCGGCAGUUGUGUGUGUGUGUGUUUUUAUCUUUUUGGAGGGAUGGGGGGACUGGCCAAAGAAAAAAGUUAAUAGUGU